AUGGCAGUCAGUAAACCAAAAUAUUCGCCGGGCUCUCCCCAAGAGCAUAUUAAAACGUGUGGAUUCCACGAUUUACUUAUUGAUAUUAUUUGUGAGGACUGUGAUAGAUUUAUUUGUGCUAAAUGUGCUAAAACAGAUCAUAGAGAUCAUGACUGGAAUACCAUAUCCUCGGAAGCCAGCGAAAUGAGGAGGGGUCUAGUGAGAUACCUGAAAAAGUUAAGCGAAGAGGAAAUACCACAGAUUGAUCAGAAAAUAGAUGAUAUAUCAAAACAGAUCACAGAAAAUGAAAAUAUUUGUGAUUUUCAGAUUGAAAGUCUAGGAGAACAUUGUAAGGAAAUAAUAGCAAAUAUAGAGGAAACUAAACAAAACCACGAACAGGCAUUAAGAGACAAUCUGACUAAAAAGAAUACACAAAUGAAACAACUGCAAUCUAAGUUAGAGAGAAAUAAGGAACAGAUUCUUGAGACAGUGGAAUAUAUUACAAAGAACAACAAUUUAAUGUCUGAUUAUAGUUUGAUUGACAACCAUAGGGAAAUGGCACGUUUUCUGAGAAAUAUUUCUACUUUCGAUAUAGAGAAUUGUGAACACUCGUUGAAAUACAGAAAAGGAGAAGUCAGACAAGACUUCCUGGACAAUAUGAUUGGAAAGAUUUUUGAUUUAGACAACAUCGUUCUUGCUGAAACACACUCAUUUAAAUAUGGUGAUAAAAGAAUAAUUGCAUUGAAGGCAUUUUCACAAGAUCAUUGUUACAUCGCAGAAAUUCAUUCAGAUUUUAUUGGACAGGUAAACAAAAAUGGCGACAGAGAAAACAAAUUCAGUAUUUCUCCAAAUGACCUGUGUGUUACUGAUACUGGUGAUGUCUAUAUUACGAACUAUAAGGACGAUAUACCAUCACUCUUCUAUCACAAUCAGGAGUCGUCUCUAAAGUGGUCAGUAAAGACCCUCUGA